CAUGGCAGCGCCCUUUCCUUAUCCCCGCAACCACCUUACUCUAAUGUGACAACCCAGAUAUCAAAAUUAAGAACAACGAUUUCUGGCUACAGAGGAGAGGAAUUCUCACUUUUGGUUUGGCAUUACUGCAGAAGAUGUCGGAGGAUAUACAGAAAGCCAGCGUCUCCGGAAGAGCGCUCACAAGAGCAACGUUUGCUGAGAUGCUGGCAAACAAUUUUGAUAAACUGCCUGACAUUGAUCAGAAACUGUUUCUCUAUGGACCCGUGUAUCUUGGAGGAAAUGGUAGCCUCGCAGGGCUGAUUUCUAACAGUUUGUACCGCAGAGCUCUGAAUAUCAAACAGGCGGCCUUCUCAACGUCCCUGCCGAUGGCCGUGCUGCCCUUCUUGACAACAUACGCUCUGUACAACGCAGCUGUGUCCAGUCCCCUCAUGUACGGUGACCUAAACUGCCCUUCCUGCGCUGUGAUUCGAGGUGCGCUUGUUGGUGUGGUCGGUGCCGGGUUGUACCCCAUCCUGCUGGCCUUACCUGUCAAUAUUGCCAUUGCGUCAAGGUACAGCACAGCUCCGUUACCAGAGAAGGGCCAGGUGCUCCGGUACUUCGUGGAGCUCUCAAGACCGAUCAUGAGGAAGAUGAGAGCAGUGCUGUUGCUCCAGGGCUUCUUUGGGACCUACCUGGGCUCCAGGGACUUUGAUACUUACAUGAAACUGGCCAAGAUAACAUUUGGUUCAAGCCACGAUGAACUCAAAGACUAAAUACCCUAAACUGGGCAGUAUACUCCAUCAUUGCAAAUGGAGUAGGCAUAUAGCCGAGAUUUCAGCGAAUAGAGGAAGUGGAGUCUAUCGUUUCUUGAAAGUUGAAUACGUCAAAUAAAUCAAAUGCAUGUUUUGUUUUGUUUUGCACUGAGGAGAUAAAUCUGUCUUCAAUAUCUUAUCCGGGGAUAGACGUAAACGGCCUUGACUCAAAGAAAUCAGUGGAUAAAUCUACACCAAGUUUCAUCCGUUAAAUGCGAAAUUGUUUUAUUUUUCAUUAUAACACCUUCAAAUGCAACAACUGCCCACAAAAGUAAUACACUUCUCACAAACAUGGGAGGAAUGUAAUCACUAUUACAUUUGCAGUGAUUUCUACGUUUUGGGAAGGUAAAAAUCACUUUCUCUCAAAAUUGUAACUUCCCACAAAUGCAACGAGAAUAUUGAAAAAUAAAGUUGUGGUCGUUGUUUGUUGUAGCGUCAUUGGGUACCAGUCAACCAAGCUCAAGUCACAUAAAAAAGGUAGGUGUUGCGAUUUUGUUCGCCAUGAAACAGGAAGUAGAGUAAGACACUGGUAGAGCCAUAAUCUCAGCACAACAUUUUUAAAUAAGGGGAGGACUGAUAUAAAUUUUGGAAAAGUUCUGCAAAUCCAAGUGGUUCCUCUUGAAUUACGUCAUCAGUGGGUUCCUCUUAUCCAAAUGAAAGUAAUUUUACAGUUAAAAAAAAAAAAAAAAAAAAUUCCGCACUAACAAAAUUCACAGGGUAAGGCUGGCUCUCCCUAUGAACUGUUUCUUAAAUACACAGGGUACAAAUUUCCUGAGGCUAAAAACAAACUUUAGAUGGGGAUUUGAAGUUAAUAUAUAACAAAAACCUGCCUGGUUGAGCAGUGUAGCUGUACGUUAAUAAUUUCCUCAGUGUGCUGUUUUGACAUAUUUAAAUUAACUUUGCUAAGAUUCUUUGCUCUACCAGUGUUUUAAGACUGUGGAAAGCUACUUCCUGUUUCAUGACAAAGAUUGCCAUGACUAUUCUUUGAAGUAACUUAAGCUUAGGCUGACUUGGACCCAUUGUAGGCUACAUUAAAAAAACAAUAACCAAAAACAUUUA